GGAGGGGGCUAAUCCAAUCUGGCCUUUAUAACAGAGAGGUAAAAAAAAAGGGUCUCCACUCGGAGGCCACAUUGUUGGACAUUUCUGCAGAAAAACAUUAUCCGUAAUCCACUUAUGUAAGCACCCCUGGAGUUAAGCCAGGGGUUCGUUUUUGUGUUUCACACCGACAUCUGAGUACUUCACAUAAGGUCAAAGAUGCCCCCCAACAGAUAUGCAACUUCUCUUCUCCUAUUAUCUAUCGUACUGUUGUCAUGGAGAAUUUGUCACGGACGAAAGAUUUUGAUUUUUCCUUUAGAGGGAAGUCACUGGGUCAACAUGGAUAUCGUGGUCAAAGCUCUCCACUCUCGAGGACACUCUGUUGAUGUGGUACGAACCGAUAAGAGCUGGUACAUCAAGGAGGACUCCCCGCAUUACAAGACAAUCACGGUUCCUGUCACAGAAGCAUUUAAUCCUGACUUCAUCAACCCAAUCCUGAAAAAGGUCAUUGACAUAGAAAGAGGGGAGAGCUCGGUUUGGAGCUUUGCAAGUUUGCAGGCUGAGAUGUUUUCUGCAAUGUUUAACGUGCAUAGAAUAAUGUGCAAAAUGGCUACUGACAUGUUUGAAGAUAAGGACUUAAUGAAGACGUUAAAGGACAGAAAAUAUGACCUUGUCUUAACCGAUCCGGCGUGGGGAGCAGGAAUAUUGUUGGCUCAUGCUCUUAAGCUGCCUCUGGUCUAUAAUGUGCGGUGGAUAACUAGCGGAGAGGGACAUAUGGCAAUUGCGCCUUCUCCCUUAUCUUACAUCCCAUUGACCGGCUCAGGACUAUCCGACAAAAUGACUUUCAUUCAAAGGGUUAAAAAUCACCUUUUCUCUAUUAUUUGGCUAGCUCAGGAUGUACUUCUUAUCCGUCCACAGUAUCAAGCUUUGUGUGACCAGUUCUUCAGCUCAGAGGUCAGAUAUAUUGACUUACUGCACGGGGCAGACCUGUGGCUGAUGAGAGUGGACUUUGUGUUCGAGUUCCCUCGUCCCACCAUGCCUAACGUUGUCUACAUGGGCGGGUUCCAGUGUAAACCUGCAGAACCUCUUCCUGAACACUUGGAGGAGUUUGUGCAGAGUUCUGGAGAGCACGGGGUCAUCAUCAUGUCUCUGGGGACUUUCGUGAGUCAGCUUCCUGCUGAUAUAUCAAAUGAGAUGGCUGCAGCUUUCGCUAAAUUACCCCAGAAAGUCAUCUGGAGGCACAAAGGGGUCAGACCGGCCACUCUGGGGAACAACACCUUGCUAGUAGACUGGAUGCCACAGAAAGACCUUUUAGGACACCCCAAGAUAAAACUGUUUGUGGCUCACGGAGGGACAAACGGAGUUCAAGAAGCUAUUUAUCACGGAGUCCCAGUAGUUGGUCUGCCUCUGUUUUUUGACCAAUACGACAACCUUCUGCGCCUGCAAGAAAGAGGCGCGGCUAAGAUUCUUACUUUAGCCACAGUGGACAAAGACAACAUUUUCCUGAACGCCAUACAGGAAGUGUUGCACGAGCCCUCCUACAGGAGGAACAUGCAGAGGCUCUCCAGGCUGCACAGAGAUCAGCCGAUGAAGCCGCUGGAUAACGCCCUGUUCUGGGUAGAGUUUGUGAUGAGACACAAAGGUGCAGCUCACCUGAGAACAGAGUCCUACAAGAUGCCCUGGUACUCCUACCAUUCUGUUGAUGUCAUGCUUUUUUUACUAACAACUGCAGUGGUUGCUUUGUUAUUUGUUGCUGGGUUACUAUGGUCUUGCUUUAGAUUGGGUUGUAAAAGAAAAGUGAAAUUGGACUAAACAGGAAAGAAGGAACGAAA